GGGGUCCAAAAGGGAAGGAUGUGCCACUGAAUGUUCACAAUGAAACACAGAGCUAUGACAAAGGUGAGCCACCUCAAUGUGCCCUUAGGGAGCCACAGGAUGAGACAUUCAGGGAUUUGAAGUGGAGAGAGGAAGGAUACAGAACCGAUGGGCAGGAACUGGCAGCUCCAGGAUUUCAACUGAAACUUCAGGAUGAACUUAGGAAAAUGCCUCCACAGACCAUUGUUCCAACUGCCAUGGGUCCACCUAAUUGCCUCAGGCCUCCCUGCCCCUGAAUUGCCAGACGGCGGGCGUCUGCCUCUGAAGUUCGCAGUGAUUUCCUUUAGAGCCCGGCCUUAUCUCCAGCCGCACGUUGCCUGUUGGUGACUAAUAACACAAUAACAUUGUCUAGGGCUGGAAUAAAGUCGGAGCUGUUUACCCCCACUCGAUAGGGGUUCAAUAUAAAAAGCCGGCAGAGAGCUGUCCAAGUCAGAGCGCUUCUGCCUGCGCCUGGCGAGCGGUCCGGUCCGCGCUCUCCCUGCCACCGGGCGCUGCAGCCCGCGGUCGCUGCCUCUGCCUCCGACAGGCCUUGGGGAGUCGCUUUUGCUGUCGGGGAAAGCACCCUGGGCUUCGGGAUCACUUCGAGCUCCGAAUAUUCAGAAGCGCGUCGAGGGAACUGAAGCUGUUUUCUUCGUUUUCCUUUGAAUUCAAUUUGCAGUAGAAUUUUGGAAAAAAAUUUUUUUUUCCCCAGAAUGGAUUAUUUCCCUGUGAUUUUCCCUCUGCUGCUGGUGACUCUCCACGGGGCUCCAGAAACAGUGGUCUCAGGUGCGGAGCUCAGCCUGAAAGCUCACAGUGGAGGGGAGAAGCCCCCUCCCAGCGUCCCAGGGGUGUUGCGCCGGUCCAAGCGCUGCUCCUGCUCCUCCCUGCUGGACAAGGAGUGUGUCUACUUCUGCCACUUGGACAUCAUCUGGGUCAACACUCCCGAGCAUGUUGUUCCCUAUGGACUUGGAAGCCCUUCUAGGUCCAAGCGCUCCUUGAAGGAGUUAUUUCCCCCAAAGGCAACAGAACAUAAGAACAGAUGCCAAUGUGCUCACCAAAAAGACAAGAAGUGCUGGAAUUUUUGCCAAGCAGGAAAAGAACUCAGCUUCCAGGACACAAUGGAGAAAAGCUGGGAUAACCACAAGAAAGGAAAAGACUGUUCCAAACAGGGAAAGAAGUGCAUCUCUCAGCAGCUGGUGAAGGGAAGGAAAAUAAGAAGGUUGGAGGCCAUCAGCAACAGCAUCAAACCAUCUUCACCCAUUGCAAAGUUGAAAGCCAUGCUCAGCAGAGAGCGGAAAGUGACCCACAACCGAACACAUUGAUCAUAGAGCUUUGGGCCUGUCUGAAGCCAUUGCCUCCAGAGAAAGAGCCCUUUGGCCAAGCAUGCACUCUUCCCACACUGGCUGGGAUCAGAGCAACAGAAUCCUCCCUGCCUAGACUGCUUCUUAUUCUAGAGUGGCAAAGGACCAACGUCCUUCUUGUAAGCAUUCCGGGAGAGUGGAGGCAUCCCUCAACCUGUCUUCCUCUGCUUCCAUUGGUGGUAACUGCUUUUGUCUCUUCUUGCCUUUGGGAAUGACAAUGGACCUCUCAGAAAGCAGGACACACAAUGCCAUUCGAAUUAGGGUGGCAUCCUCCCGAGGGAGGAAGGAGAUUCCACAGGAGGGCGGAGUUUCUGAGGAAAGUCCUAAGGGAGUGUUUGCGUCUGACUCAGGCGCCUGGCACAUUUCAGGGAGAAACUCCAAAGUUCAUGCAAAGAUUUUCUAAGGAAUGCGUAAAUUGAAAACACACUCAAAAAACAAACAGUCGAGUAAAAUUAAAAAAAAAAAGACUUGGAGUUUUUGUAAGUCAUAAAAUGCAAAAUGGAAAGAAACUGUUACUACUGUAAAUCAGGAUGUGAUUCAUGAGUGUGAGUCUACCUCAGCAUUAUUGCACUCCGGUCGGAGUAUUUCCCACCUUUAAUUAUUGGUCCCCCAAACUCUUGCCCCUUCUGCCACCCGCUUCCUCUAACCCCACGUCAGCCUCACAGAAGUCUGGUCCAAUGUGUCAGUAGUGGGUAAAACGUUUUCAUGCUAAUCUAGUAGCUCUGAUCCUUAAGAAAAAAGAUCAUACAAUCAGGAGCUUCUCUUACCUUGAUUUUUUUGAAACAUAAUGGUAUAGGGGCAUUUAUGAAAGAUAUGGAAAAGUAAAUACUGUUUGUGCUUCAAAGCAGUAAAAUUAUUUUUCUUUAUGUAACCAGCUAAUGGAAGAGGUUGGAUUGAAUGUUGAUGUACUUAUUUUUUUAGAGAUAUUUAUAUUCAAACAAUUUAUUCUUUAUAUUUACCAUGUUGAAUAUAUGUCUGGGCAGGCCAUAUUGGUCUAUGUAUUUUUAAAAAUAUAUAUAUAUUUCUGAAUGAAAUCGAGAACAUGCUUUGUUUUGCCUGUCAAGGUAAUGAUUUUAGAAAAUAAAUAUUUUUUUUCCUUACUGUA